GGUUAUUUAGAAUUUUUUACGCCUGGCAACGCCCUUAUUUCUACAACUCGAAGACGCUAUAAACAAGGAAUUGUUUCUGACGUGUUGCUUUGAAUAAAUGGAAUAAAUUCACCUUAAGCUAAAAGCAUUUUACUGUUAUUUGGUUAGCUCCUUAUCCGCCCUGUCGAAGCGGAAGCCCAUUCAACCCUUGGCUGGGGACUUUCGGUCUCCCGGCCAAGGGCCCAAUUCAGAUGGUCCAGCUAACAACAAGAAAAAGCCUCGACGAGGGUCCAAUAAUGCUGCAGCUCAGGCAGCUCAGCAAUCUCCCGCUAUUAAUGACCUUGUUCCUCCGCCUCUCACUGGUUAUGGAGACACAAUUAUUGCCUCAAACCCAUUUGAUGACACACCACCACCCCAUUCGAUGAUGCAUCAGGGCCCUGGGCCAAUGUCGGGCCAAGGUCCAGGAGGCAUGGGGGGACCGCCUGGCAUGAUGGGCCAUAUGGGCAUGGGAGGAAUGAAUGGGAUGAAUCAUGGUGGUCAUAUGGGUCCAAUGGGUCAGAUGGGUGGGAACAUGAAUAAUAUGGGUGGCAUGAACAUGGGCCCUGGUCCUAUGGGACAUGGAGGGAUGGGCAGUGGUGGUGGACCUAUGGGGCCUAUGGGAAGUCCCGCGUGCAACGUCUUUGGUCAGCCAAACUCGGGAGGCCCACCUGGACCCAAACCUAUGCCUGUUUCAGCCGGAAAAAUCUACCCACCAGACCAGCCAAUGGUUUUUAACCCUCAAAAUCCAAAUGCUCCUCCCAUCUACCCUUGUGGUAUUUGUCACAAGGAGGUCCAUGACAACGACCAAGCAAUACUAUGCGAAUCAGGAUGUAAUUUUUGGUUUCACAGGAUCUGUACAGGAUUGACCGAGGCGGCUUAUCACUUGCUAACGGCCGAAGUUUAUGCCGAGUGGGUGUGCGACAAGUGCUACCAGUCUAAAAGCAUCCCAAUGGUCAAGUUUAAACCUUGAACAAAUUAUAAUAUCGUUAUCCUACCAAAAUGCUCGCAUUGAUUUUGUCUCGCCCACCCUAUCAGACAUCAGAAAGCCCCCUUUUUUUAUUAUUUCUUAUUGUCCUCUAUCGUCGACUGGAAGUGUUGUAUUACGUUGUUUAUUAGCCGCAAAACAUGAAACAAAACAAUAAUCACAAAACAACAAAAAAUAUUUUUGCUAUUGAUGGAGUCGCCUAAACAAGGGAAAGUCACGACUUUUUGGGUGCCUUAUUUUUUCCAUAAACAGAGUCCAUCGUUAAACCCGCAAACACCAAGGUCGCUCCAAUCCACUGUCUGCCAGAGAGCUGAUUGCCAAAAUAGAUGACAGAAGCCAUGACA